AAAAUUGUUAAGUUCGUGUCCGCGAGAUCAGAGUUUGUGUCCGGUUAUACGAUUCGUCGGUACCAAAACCCUCCGAGAAGUGUUUCAGGUGGGAAGGUAUCUCUGUCUACACGAUGUCCGGCGAGGAAGAAGCCACCGUGAGGGAGCCACUAGAUCUGAUUAGGCUGAGUCUCGACGAGAGAAUCUAUGUCAAGCUCCGGUCAGACCGCGAACUUCGCGGCAAGCUUCACGCGUUUGAUCAGCAUUUGAAUAUGAUUCUGGGUGAUGUUGAAGAAACUAUCACUACAGUAGAAAUCGAUGACGAGACAUAUGAAGAGAUUGUUCGGACUACAAAGCGGACGAUUGAGUUUCUAUUCGUGAGAGGAGAUGGAGUGAUAUUGGUGUCUCCACCGCUGAGGACAGCAGCCUGAGUUCAAACUCAAAUCUUUUGUGUCCUCUUUUCGUAAGGGGAAUUUGUGACUAUUCUUGUAUUUAGUCACUUCUUGUCUUAACUAAAACAAGCUUGAAGAAGCUACUUUGCUUAAAUUUCCAAUGCUUUUCAGAUACUUUGAUCGUGUGAUAUACUAAUUACAACCCAAUUAUCUGAGUUC